CGGGGCGCGGGCAGGAUGGGGCGGUGAGGGGCGGCCGUGCCGGACAGCCCGCGGCAGCCGCGCCGGGCCCCGAGCGAGCCGAGCGGGCGGUGGUGAAAAAGACAAUAUCAAGAUGAGUAAAAAGCCUCCAAAUCGUCCUGGAAUCACAUUUGAGAUUGGUGCUCGUUUGGAGGCACUGGACUAUUUGCAAAAAUGGUAUCCAUCUCGAAUUGAGAAGAUAGAUUAUGAGGAGGGGAAGAUGUUGGUGCAUUUUGAACGCUGGAGCCAUCGCUACGAUGAGUGGAUUUACUGGGACAGCAACAGGUUGAGACCUUUGGAGAGACCAGCUUUGAGGAAAGAGGGGCUGAAAGAUGAUGAAGAAUUUGUUGAUUUUAAACCUGGAGAAGAAGUCCUAGCUCGUUGGACAGACUGUCGAUAUUACCCUGCAAAGAUUGAAGCAAUUAAUAAAGAGGGAACAUUCACAGUGCAAUUCUAUGAUGGUGUCAUUCGAUGUCUUAAAAGGAUGCAUAUCAAGUCUAUGCCAGAGGAUGCAAAAGGGCAGGCGCGCGAGAGGGAGCAGAUAGCGCCGGAGCUGAGAUUAGUGACGGAAAUCGAACCAAAAGAAGAUUGGAUAGCUUUGGUCAAAGCUGCUGCUGCUGCAGCAGCCAAGAACAAAGCAGGAAGUAAACCUAGAACCAGUGCAAACAGCAAUAAAGAUAAAGAGGAAAGAAAAUGGCUAAAAGUCCCUUCAAAAAAGGAAGAAACCUCAACCUCUACAAUCAUGCAGGAAGUCCAGAAAAAGGAAGAGGAGCCUACAUCUAGUGACACAUUUGAAGUAGGAUUCCCUGUAGUGGAUGUUCCAAAGAUGGCCUUUGUGCAGGCAGAGAGCGCGUUAUCACACAAGAGGAAAAGUAAUCUAGGCAACUCAUUUCAGGCAAAGAGAGCUCGCCUAAACAAGAUCACUGGUUUAUUGGCAUCCAAAGCUGUUGUUGCAGAUGGUGCUGAAAAAAAGGAAGGCAACAAAGAAACAGCUCCAGUCCUGGAGCAGGAGAUUUCACCUAAACCACAAAGUCAGAAAAAAAAUGAAGCUGAUAUUAGCAGUUCUGCCAACAUUCAGAAACCUGCACUGUUAUCCUCAACUUUGUCUUCAGGAAAGGCUCGCAGCAAGAAAUGCAAACAAGAAUCUGGAGAUUCUUCCGGGUGUAUAAAGCCCCCUAAAUCACCACUUUCCCCAGAAUUAAUACAAGUCGAGGAUUUGACGCUGGUCUCUCAGCUUCCUUCUGCUGUGAUAAAUAAAACUAGUCCAUCACAGCCAGUGAAUUCCCCUAGAUCCUACAAACAUAGCCAACGGAGAAGAAGAUCACAGCGUUUAGCCACUUGCUCCUUGCCUGAUGAUUCUGUAGAAAAAGUUUCUUCUCCCUCUUCAGUUACUGAUGGAAAAGUGUUCUCCAUCAGUGGUCAAAACCAACAGUCAUCAAAAUUGGAGGUACCUGAUGUUGCUCAUGUGUCACUUGAGAAGCGUGGACCAUGUCUCCCUCUUGAUUUAAGCCGUAGUUCGGAAGUUACAGCACCAUUAUCCGCAGAAUCCACUUUCCGUAAUGAAUAUUCCAGUAAAGACAAGGAAGAUAUUCAGAUGAUUGCAUAUCUUCCUUCCAAAGCAAUAACUGAUGGAAGAGUAGCUACAACAGCGUCAGGUGCAGCUAGAAUGGAAAGAAAAGGAAAACUGGAAGAGAAAACUUCUUCAGCAUAUGGUAAAAAGAAAGAAAAAGAAAAGGAGAAAAAGGAAAAGAAGGAAAAAGAUCAUAAACCAAAACAGAAAAAGAAGAAGAAAAAAAAGAAGAAAUCAAAGCAGCAUGAUUACUCAGAUUAUGAAGACAGCUCUGUGGAGUUCCUGGACAGGUGCUCCUCUCCCUUGACGCGCUCCUCGGGCAGCUCUCUGACUCUGCGCAGUAUGUUCUCAGAGAAGAACACCUCGUACCAGUAUCCAAGAGCCAUCCUGUCUGUUGACCUUAGUGGAGAAAACCUUUCAGAUAUGGAGUUCUUGGAUGAUUCUUCCACAGAGAGUUUGUUACUUAGUGGAGAUGAAUACAAUCAGGAUUUUGAUUCAACUAACUUUGAAGAGUCUCAGGAUGAAGAUGAUGCUAUCAAUGAAAUUGUUAGAUGCAUUUGUGAACUUGAUGAAGAAAAUGGCUUUAUGAUUCAGUGUGAAGAAUGCUUGUGUUGGCAGCACAGUGUAUGCAUGGGACUGUUGGAGGACAGCAUUCCAGAGCAGUACAUCUGUUACAUCUGCAGAGAUCCACCAGGACAGAGGUGGAGUGCCAAAUAUCUCUAUGACAAAGACUGGCUUAACAAUGGACACAUGUGUGGAUUAUCAUUUUUGAAAGAGAACUACUCUCAUCUUAAUGCCAAAAAGAUCGUGUCAACACAUCACCUACUGGCAGAUGUCUAUGGGGUAACUGAAAUUCUGCAUGGACUGCAGCUGAAGAUUGGGAUACUGAAAAAUAAGCAUCACCCAGACCUUCAUCUCUGGGCUUAUUCAGGGAUGAGAAAAGAACAAGAGCAAAGAACUGUUGGGGUAGAGAAAAAGUUAGUGACUUUGCAGGAUGCUGUUAAUCCAGCUGAAAGGACAUGUCAUAGUCAAAACCAUAAAGAGCCACCCAGUAUACCCCAGAAGAUGGAAGAAACAUACAUCACAAGUGAGCACAGCUACCAAAAACCACAGAGUUUUAGUCAUGACUACAAAGCAGUCACUGACCCUAUGAGCUCAGAUGAUGAAGACACAAGUAGCCUUGAGGAAGAUCAGGAAUAUCACACAGAGAAUAAAAACUGUUUACAAUAUUCUUUUAAAGAUGGUGGCAUGAAUGAGCAGAAUUCUGCUGAAGGAAACACUGUGUUUGUUUGUAAUGAAAGAAAAGGCUCAGAAGAACAAGUGGACACACAUCUUCAAUGGCAGCUAAAUCUCCUCACCCAUAUAGAGAAUGUACAGAAUGAAGUCACCAGCAGAAUGGACCUGAUUGAAAAAGAAGUUGAUGUUUUAGAAAGCUGGCUUGAUUUCACUGGAGAACUGGAACCACCAGAUCCUCUGGCAAGAUUGCCUCAGCUCAAGCGACGCAUCAAACAGCUCUUAAUCGACAUGGGAAAAGUACAGCAAAUAGCAACACUUUGCUCUGUAUGACAAAAGGAAGAACAUAGAAGUAAAAAUAGGUUCUUUACAAUUAAUUUUAUUAGCCCCAAGACUGACAGGAAGACAGCAAAAAGCUGAGCAUUUAUCUGGUUCUUUUCUGAUUAUAUUAAUAGGCUGAAGCUUUAGAAAGAAGAGAGGAAGUUUAGAGUCAGGAAUCUGUUUUAUUGAAAAUAUGAAUAUUCAAUGUCUGGGCUUCAAAAUUAUAUGUAAUAUACUUAGAAGUGUCAAUUUCUCAGGAUUUUAACAUGUUGAACAAUAAAUCCCCAGAUACAAGAAAAUUCAACAAACAAAAACUCUUCGAAGAGCAGUGCUACUAUUUUGAAACCCUUGGCAAACAUUUCUAAAUUAGCAGAAUUCAGCUGACUAGUAAUGCAAUCCUCUUAUCUUGCUAUUGAAAGAUAGAUACAGAGAGAGCUGUGUCUUCUCUACAAGGAAGGUUUUUAGAUUAUUUCUUUCUCUUAUGAGUGUUCAGGAAAACAAACAUACUAGCUUUGAUUUUUGAAAAAAAUUACUUGUCAUGGUCUCCCUUUUAAAGUAUUUUUUUAAAUAGAAAUCCCUAGAACAGCACCCCUAGGCUCCUUUAAAACAGACGUGGAAAAUGGUCGUCAGAUGUGCCAAAUAAUAUUAAAAUCACUGGGAUGAGAGUUUAAUUAUGAAUUAGGUGAAGGUUUUUUCCAAAGUCCGACUCGGUGCCAGCAGUCCAUCCAAAAUUGUAUCUACUUUAUAUUUUUUUAUGUUCUAUAGCAGUGUUCAGGAAUCAAGGUACAAUUUUUGUCCUGGGUAGCUCUAUUCUGAUGUUGGCCCUCUGAAAACUUCACCAUCCUCAGUGGGGAUGAGGAAUGACAAGAGCGGCAAAACUGUCUCUGGCUGUGGAAAUUCUGAACCAUUAAAGGCAAAAAUCACAAGAUACCUUAUCCAAGUUAUUUUUACAAAAUUUUUCAGCUUCAGUGAAUGAAAUGUCAUGAAACCAAAGGCAACCUCCUUGCUCUGUUAGCUCUUGCUGGAUUUUGAGCCCAGGACUUCUGUGCUGAUAAGUUGCCACUGUACCCAGUGCUACAUCCGUGUCUGUGUGUGUAUGUAUAUGUGCAUAGCUAUGUGUUCAUAUAUACAUGCCAUACACAUUUCUACCUACACAUGUCUAGUUUUAUUACCACAGACUACAAGAACUGGUGGUGCAUAUUACCUUUUAACAAGCAGUUUCUAAAAUUGAAAAUAAUGUAUGUACAGGUUUUGAAAUUUGUAAAAUAUGACUGUUAAAAGGAGGCUAUUUAACUGAGGACAUUAAGAUACUUGAACAUUUUAUGCCUCAUGUCUGUUUAUCAGUUCUAGUUAUCUGUAUAAAUGCAUUUUAGAACCGAUAGACAGUAAACUUGAAUUUACCUUUUGAUAAGAGUACAAGCCACUGUACAUUCAAAAAUUAUUUAAAUUUGCAAACACACUGUUCUAUUUGUAAGGUACUGUAUGUAAAACUGUUUAUUAAAACUAUUCUGCAUACUCUACAUUUUCCACUUUUCUUCCUGAUCUACAUACAAGUUAAAAAAGAAGUGAUUGUUAUUAUGUACAGACCAUCAAAAAAUCUUGGAAUGCCUUUUAAGGAUCCAUACAACUGAAAAAUGUGCCAAAGAUGGAUUAUCUGGGAAAGACUUUGCAACCAGUGCAUUGAACUUUCAUGAUAAAACCAUUAUUGAGAAAGAAAGCAGCGUGGCUGGUUCAUUGCUAAAGUAAACCUACCCUGACCUUUCCUCUCUGUCUGUCAUACCUGAAGUGAGUUAUCACUCCUGGUGGCCAAAGCAAAAUGUAAACCCCUGUUACAGAGUGGUUGCUACUUAAAAAGUCUUCCCACAUCAAGCUUGUAGGAGACAUCACAGAGAUGCAUGAAAACAUGGAAUUAUGGAAUGGUUGGCAACUCCAUAAUGCAGAAAGAACAUUAGAGCUGUGGAGUUGUUGACAUUUUAUAGCAACUGUUAAUAAAUACUCUGUGUUAUAUAGAUGAUGCUUAAAUAACUGCUUCAAACAUGAAUAGUUGAGUGACCUACUUGCUUUUGGAUAUGUGAGAUGUUUUUAUAGACUGUUCACUUGCUGCAUAUCCUUGAAUGUGGUACUGUGUGUACUGUAUAAGAGAAGUGUAAAUCCAAGUGAAUUACUUUGAAACAAAGUGGAGUGUAUUUACAGAAUUUAUACAGCAUACACUGUAGCAAUAUUAUGCAAUGUGUGUGCAUGUGUGUUAUGUAAUAUAAUUGUAAAUGUUACGGAAGGUGGAGGUGGACUUGGAAAGUUCAGGGGGGAGGACAGAGGUUUUAUUCUUACUACAGAGAUGGAGGAAUGGUAUUCUGAAAAGGAAAUCCUAAGGUCAAAGUUGAAGUUGCCCUUGCAGCUUUAAUGUGUCUUCUGUUUGUAUGUGUAAUGGCCUCUUAAUUUACACAAAUAUGUAAUUUUACCCCUCAAGAUCCUGCCUUGUUCAGGAUGGACUGUGCUUACAAAAACAAUCUGUUCAGUUUUUUUUUUUUAUGUUCAUUGUGUAGUCAUGUAUUAUAAAAACUCUCCUGCAAUCAUUCAUAUCUUCUAAGAAAUACAAUCUCAGUGUCUGUACGGACCGUGCUAUGUAUGAUACAUCGUGUCCUGCUCCAAUGUUUCACAAACUUGUCUCAGUUUGCUUUCUCAAGUUGUGGUGCUGGUCUGUAACAUGUGGACAUUAGUUUCUGACCCUAGUUUCUCAAGUAUUCAAAGGUUUGAGAUGCUUUUGAGGUUUUUAUUUUAAACACAAGUUAAGUGCCAUAAAAAUGCUGUGUUUUGCACAGAAUGUAGCCUACAGUUAAUUGCUUUGCUCAUGUACCAGUCAAUCCCAGUGUGAUCUGGCUCUUACCAGUAUUUCUUCCUAGCUGGCCUUAUCAAGAGAAUCUUAUUCCUGUAGGCAUAUUUUCCCAUCUGUCUUCCUGCUUCCUCUCUAAAUAAGCCAGGGAUGUACACUCAGUCUGUUUGCAACAUCAUUUAUUGGGGUGUGAAUUGUGACUGCAUUGUUUUGAUGAAGGGGACAGACCCUCUCUGAGGAAAAAGAUGGCAAUGUAAGGACUGUUGGAUACGUGUGCACAGAAAGGCAAAAUGUUUAAAUUUGAAGCUUUCUGUCGCUGAAUAGGAGUUCUAAAUAGUAAUAGACAAAAGGGAAAUGCCAUUUUACAAAAGCCUCUUGUGAUUUCACAGAGCUAAAUGGCAAACUUUUGGAGCCUUUGAAUGCCCAGCUUUUUGUCGGAGGUUUAGUUAGGGGUUUUCCUGGUUUUUUUGUUUUUUUUUUUUGUUAAUGGAGGUAUCAGGGUGAUUUCAUUUCAAAGUCUGCUCCUACUUGUGACCAUACCAGAAGCAUCUACAUCAGGAAUUGUGUUUCAGUUUCAGUGAUGGCAGGACAGCAGUCCUGCAGUCAUAAAUGAGAUGUGGUGUUGAUGCUGUGAUCUGGUAUGACACGAUGGGGCUGCCAUUGGUUACAAAAUGGACGUACUUCAGGUCAUAUUGCAGGGAAUGGGUUGGAAGAUGCUUCCUGUUAACCCUUUUCUUGGGUAGCUGUAGGUUGAGUAGUGCCCAUAUUUUGGAUAUUCUGGCCUUAGAUGCAUAGACCUUUGUUCAGCUGUGGAGUGGUUUACAGUGGUAGAAGCCUGUCAUUUUUUCUCAAAUAGACAAAGAUGGGUUGCAGUUUUCUGAUAGAUUUCCUGUAUUUGCUGGGUGGCAAAGAAUUGAAACUGUGCUUCCAUGGGUGCAGUAAUCUUGUAUGGCUGACAGCCACCUGUCUCUCUUAAUUUUAUCUCUGAGCUUCUAUGUGUGUUCAUCUCUUCAUUCUGCAGCUUGCAUCUUUUUCUCCUUUCAUUCUUCAGCUUUCUGCACUCUGGCUUCUGAGGUGCCUGGAGGGUGUCACUCCUUUGUUCUCAUGCCCAGUUCUUCCUGGCUGCUGUGGGAAGCAGUCAUGGGGAAAGGCCUCUUUGGCUCUUCUGUCCACAGCCUCCAGAGCAUCCUGGGACUUGUGUACAGUUGGACUGUGUGCACCAUAAUCAAAAUCUCCAGGUGUUUUUGAUGCCUUUCUCAAGUAAGCCUCUUCUGUCUUGUGCAAUUGGUGACCUUUCUCUACUCCCAUCUGGCUUCUAAUUUAACUAGACUUGAAUUAAUAUUACAGCAAAACCCCUCUGGCACUGCUGGGCUCCGGCACUCCUUACCAAACUGAGGGUUAGGAUGCAAAGGAGUCAUUCAAACAUUACAGUAAAAUUAUAAAAGUAUUUGAUGUUGUAAACCACACUAUUUUUCCUUUGUAUUUAAAGGGAAGCUGCAACCAUUUUUCUUCACUGGAACUCUAAAGGCACAAAACAGAUCCUGAACUGAACUGGAGCUUGGUGUAAAAAUCAGCGAGUGGAGGAUGGGCAGGACUCUGCCAAAAGAGCAGUCAGGCUGUCCCAGCUGCCUUUGCCCUGUUAGUAGCUCUGAGGAGGUGCUGGUGUGUCAAAGGGGUGUGUGCAAUGAUGCCAUUCAUUUGCAAGCAGGAUUGUUUAGAACACUGGAACUAUAGGUUUUUGCUCUACUACUUAAAAAUGUUUCAGUAUAUGCACCUUAAUUUUGGAGUGCUUAUUAAAGUCAAAGGCUUAAUCACUUUGAAAUACCCAUUGCUAUUCUCACAUUUUAUUAGCCCACAAUUUUUUUCUGUUGUACUGAUUGCAUAUGGCUUUAGGUGAGAAUUUUGCAGAGGCUGUUUGAAAUGCUUCAGUAAUGGUUUCUGUUAUACUUUGUUAUGUCCUGGGCACUGGGUAUGGGGGUCUGUCUUUAGCAAUAAAUAUUAUACACUAUGUGUAUAUCUCUUUGUAUAUGGAAAACAAAUACAGAGCAUGUAACGAUGGUGAAAAUACACUGCACCGAGUGCAGACUGUGCAUUUGGCAGCCAUUCUGCACCAGCCUGAACAACCCAAAUGAAAAAUUGGAGACCACAUGGAGAAAAUGAACUAGCAUAAAAAUCAUUCAGGACAAAAGUUCCCUUCCCUUACUCUGUGGGUGGGAUAACUAAAGCUAGUUCAAUUGCUGUUUCCUUCAAACAGCUGUCUUCCUUUCCUGACAACUGGCCAAGCCUCCUGUGUUCAGCUGUAGCCAUGUGCAUCAGUGUAUUGUCACUAAAGACUCUGAGAGAGGCAGCACUGCACUAUGAUUAAAUCUUCUGUGAGAGAAGCAAAAUACUUCCUUCUGUGAUUUGUUUUUUAUAAUAGCAAUAAUGUUGACUGCAUUCUAAUACUCACAAUAAAGGUCUGUU